AUGCCUAAAAAUCCUCCCAAGGACGUUCGAUCUGUGGGAAUGACAGAGCGAAAUAUAAUUUACCUGGGAGAGCAGAGUAAAGGAUACCAUUCACAUGGGCAGCUGCUGCCGCCGAGUCGAGAACAAAGGGAGGUGGGGAUUAGAAAGCACACGCACGCGGCUCCCCCGCCCGCCUGGAAUUCCCAGGCAGCAUUCCCCGCUGCAGCUUCCAGCACUCCUCCACCUUACGCUGACCAGUGCUGCUUAGAUUCCUUUCUUUCAAAAGAAAAUACAAGAAAAAUGUUUCAAGCUUUUCCAGUGUUUGAAGCUGCAGAGGGAGGUCGUAUUCAUGCACCUGUAGAAUAUACUUCUAUUAAGGAGUUUGCUGAAUCAGUUCAAAAGUAUGGGUUUGAUGCAAAUUUCACAAUUAUGCAGUUAGAGAGACUAGCCGGUAUGGCAAUGACUCCGAGCGAUUGGCAGAAUACAGUAAAAGCUGCCCUCCCUAACAUGGGACAAUAUAUGGAAUGGAAAGCUUUGUGGCAUGACACGUCUCAGGCACAGGCAAAAGCCAAUGCUAAUGCGGAAGACAAUCAGCGACAAUGGACAUUUGACCUGCUAACAGGGCAGGGACAGUUUGUUAAUAAUCAGACAAAUUAUGAAUGGGGAGCAUAUGGCCAGAUCUCCGCUGCUGCUAUUAAGGCGUGGAAAGCUCUUUCUAUAAAAGAAGAAGUAGGAGGACACGUAACCAAAAUAUUACAAAGUUCCCAGGAGCCAUUCUCAGAGUUCGUUGCUAGGAUGACAGAAGCAGCAGGCAGGAUUUUUGGGGACCCGAAACAGGUUAAGCCACUGAUAGAGCAAUUAGUAUAUGAAAAUGCUUCACCAGAAUGCAAAGCAGUAAUUACCCCUAGUAGAAACAAAGGGUUAACAGAUUGGAUAAAGGUCUGCAGGGGGAUUGGAGGCCCGCUGACUAAUGCUGGCCUCGCAGCAGCUAUCUUGCAAAGCCAGAGUCGCUCAAGUCCUGGCAGCCGUAAAGUAUGCUAUAACUGUGGCAAACUGGGUCAUUUAAAACGAGAAUGCUGUGCUGCCACGCAGAAAAGACCGGGAAUUUGCAACAAAUGCAGGAAAGGCUAUCACUGGGCUAAUGAGUGUCACUCAGUCAGAGAUGUUCAAGGAAAGCUUAUACAACACGAUCCCCCACCAUCGGGAAGAGAGGAAGGCCCUCCAAAAAACGGAUUUCUGGGCUCCAGGUCCCAGGGCCCCCAGAAAUAUGGGACACAGGCAUGCAGCUGGGGGACACUUUUAGCCGCAGAGCUACAGGAACUUCUGCAGGACUGGACCUCUGUGCCACCUCAUAAUUCCUAUUGA